CGAGAACGUCACGCCUGGCCUGGCCAUCUAUCGGUCGCUUGGUGAACCAGAGGCUGCCUGGGAUAUAUGUUUUUAAACGUCGUAGAGAUAUCUCAGAGACAUCUUAAAAAUAUUUAUGUUUUUCGAUUAGGUAUCAAUAAAGAUAGUCAUGUGCAAAUGUUGCACAGAUAUCUUUUUCAAAGAAAAAUGUGAUAUAGAGUUAUGAGAUAUCUUACAGAUAUUCUGUGAAUAUCUGAAAAUAAAAUAUCUCAGAUAUGACUUAAAAUUGUAGGCAUAUACAUAUGCGAUUAUGUCAGCUGAUAUAUUUUGCUGUGUAGGUUCUAAUCAUCAUAAAGUCGACUUCUAAUUGCCAUAAAGUCAACUUAUAAAUCCACUUUUGGCUGACUGAUAGACGACUAUAGUCGAGUCAUUUGUUGACUAUUAGCUGACUAUAGUUGACAUUCAGCCUGACUUUGAAGUCGACUUUAGACUUCUUCUGCCGACUGACAGUCAACAACUAACAGUCGACUUGGUGCUGUUUGGGUAGUCACUUCAGCAUCCCCAGCACUCAAAACUAUUGUGCAGUUAUUACGCUACAUUUGACAGUGACGAAUCAGGAUAAACUUGUUUAGCAUUGUAACAAUAAUAUAUUACAAUGUCGUUUAAUAUUAUAUAUUAUAGAAAUUUUUCUGAGGAUACGCUUCCAACGUUAACAAUUGAACUAAUUGGAUAUUUUAGUAAAGACGGUAACUCGCAAUAUCAUGCCGAUUUAUCGCAAUUAAAAUAUUAUAUUCCUCCUUCAAAUCCUAAUAACGUGUGUUACGAUCUCGACAAAAAUGUCACAUCUACUCAUCACAAAUCUGCUUUUCAUUGUAAAUUAAAUGAUAUAUUAAGGUGGGUUUCAGACAAUUUUUAUCGGCUUGAAAAACCAUUUUCAGUUUACGAACAUCGUUGGCUGAAUGUGGACUUUAUUUGCCGUCGUGGAUUAUUGAAAAGGUUAUUAUGUAGCCCAUAUAAAAGAUCUGACGGAUGGAUCAUUUGCGCUAGCAAGUACCGUGGUACGAUAUAUUUAUGCGAAUAUUAUACAGACGAGAAAGAGGCUCAAUAUGUCAACGCAACAACGGCAGAUAAACAAGUUACAUCACGGGGAUUCAAGUUUGAACAAUACAUGGUAGCAGAUCAUCCAUCACAUGUACCAGAUUCAUCAUUGCCUCUUAAUGAGUGUGAAGAAUUUCACUGUAUAUUUAAAGCAAACUUUGGCGAUCAUUCAUUAUUAUAUGGAGCAGAAAUGGACGGUAUUUUCUCAAAAGAACCCAUAACAGAUACACUUAUUGGCAAAACAAUUGAAUUCGUCGAGUUAAAAACUUUUCCAAUGUUUAAUGAAAAUGGAGAUAUACGUGGUACAAUUAGCUCUCAGUGUGCAUCAGCAUGGUGGAGUCAAAAUUAUUUAGCUAAUAUAAGCAAGCUUAUAUGUGGACUGAAAGAUAAAUCAGGCACAGUAAGAAUGAUUCGGGAAUAUCCGACAAAUGUUCUACCAACGUUUCCUACGAAACCUUAUAAUGUGGAUAAGUGCAAAAUGUUCUGCAAACUAUUUCUGGAUAAUGUCAAAAGAAUUGUUACUCAAGAUCACGAUAAGUGUAUGUACAAAUUUCACUGGAAUUCAUCUACCAGAAAUAUUAUAAGUUAUAACGAAGAAGCUCCUGAUAAUGAAACAUAUUUCUUCCUAAAAUCAUGGUUCAUCAGCAAAGCAGAAGAAUAUAGAAAUGCGUCCCAAAAUAUCUAAGAAUCUAAAAGAUUUUUAUGGAUGUACAAGCCAUGCAACUAUAAAAAGCAAACUAAGGGCCACUUCAACCAAACUCCGGUUAAUUUAAUCGUCGAUUAACUUACAGGGCGAUCAACAUAAAACUUAUAUUAUUUAUACGAGAAUUAUAUUAUUAGAGAUUUUUAUGUUGAUCGCCCUGUAAGUUAAUCGACGAUUAAAUUAACUGGAGUUUGGUUGAAGUGACCCUAAAUCUGCAUUAGGGAUAUCUUAUUUCAGAUGUCCAUUAAAUUUUCUUAUAUAUAUUUUUAGAAUUUUGUAUUAUUGCUUUGAUUUUAAUGAUUUUAAUUUCUGCAAAUGUGUUUAUCUAAUAUCAGUAAUAUAUGAAUGCAUUUUAUCGUAUAAUAUAUAUAGCUAUUGCAAAUAUCCGUGAAAGCUAUCAUAGUAUUAUUUUAAUUAUAUUCUUUGACGAGCAUGAUAAAUACGACUUAUUAUUCCUGAGAUAAAAGAUACAUGUAUGUAAAGAAAAUAUAUAUUUCUGAUUAUUUUAACAGGAACAAUUUUCCGCAAUUUUUUGUUAUGAUAUAAUAUAAAUAUUUUAUAUUUUAUAGUUUAAUGUAUAAUGUUUAAUGUUACACUGAAUAAGCUCAUAUAUUUAUGUUUCGCUCCGUUGUGGAACUUUUAUUGUACCAUUGAGUAAAAUAAAAGCUUUAUAUA